AUGGAGGAACAGUUAGCAAUACAAGAAGCUGCUUCUGCUGGUUUCAAAAGCAUGGACCAUCUCAUUCGACUCCUUUCUCCCUCUGCUUCCAAUUCUUCUUCUUCUUCUAACAACAACAACGUUAAACUCAACAACCUCGACUGCUCCCAAAUCACCGACUUCACUGUCUCCAAAUUCAAACAGGUCAUCAACCUCCUCAACCGCACCGGCCACGCCCGCUUCCGCCGCGCACCACCCCAAGCCCAAACCCAGGCCCUGACCCAACCACAACCCCAAACCCAACAAGGCUUUACUUUAGAUUUCGUUAAACCCACUGUUCUUAACUCUAAGCCCUGCAUCAAAGACGAAACCCUCACUCUCUCCACCACCACCACCACCUCCUCCUCCUUUUUGUCCUCCAUCUCCAACGACGCCAGCGUCUCCGACGGCAAGAUCGGCCCUUUCCUCCCUCCCUCCGCCGCCAAACCCCCUCUCUCCUCCUCUCACCGGAAAAAGUGCCGCGAAGCUGCCCUUUCCGCUAAAUCCUCCUGCCACUGCUCCAAGAAAAGGAAAUCGCGCAUGAAACGGACGAUCCGCGUCCCGGCGAUAAGUUCCAAGAUCGCCGACAUCCCGCCGGACGAGUUCUCGUGGAGAAAAUACGGACAAAAACCGAUCAAGGGUUCACCUUAUCCUCGUGGGUACUAUAAGUGCAGCACCUUGAGAGGGUGUCCGGCGAGGAAGCACGUGGAGCGCGCGCAAGAUGACCCGAAGAUGCUGAUAGUGACGUACGAGGGAGAGCACCGUCACGCGCUGCCGUUACCUGCCGCUACCGGCGGUGGUUUCGGCCUUUGA